AUGGAACUUCUUCGAAAUGUUGAGCUAACGACAAAAUCCGGCAAGCUCGUCGACGCCGAUGUUCUGCACGGGAAGAUUGUCGCUUUUUAUUUCGGUGCUCAUUGGUGUGAGCCCUGCCGAAGAUUCACCCCAAUUCUUCGCGAUUUUUAUGUGAAAGCCGCACUUCAAGGGGUGGAAAUUGUGUGGUUUUCGAGGGAUGAGACCAUGGAGUCGAUGGAAGAGUACUUCAAAGAGCACGGGAACUGGCUGCGAGCGCCGUUUCAGCAACCCGGCUGCAAGUGAGUUGGUUUUGAGGGGAAUUUUGCUUUAAAAAUUUAAAAAAUAAUACUGGCGGUACCAUUUCUGCAUAGUAAGGUAAAAAAUGCUGCAAAAAAUCGACUUUUUCGAGCAGCAUCCAAAAAGUAUAAUUGGCAAAAAAAAUUCGUCUAACCGGUUCUCCUCAUUUUAUGUGCUGUCUUGAAAAAGAUAUUUCAGAAUCUUACGUGGGGACCUGAUCCAGUGGCAAAAAAUACCAUUUUGCAUCCGGGAAGUAUCAAAAAUGUGGCAAAAUGCUUCCCUCUCUAAGUGAAAAACUCCGAUUUCAAAAGCGCGCCCAUUCUUUUUCUGAGGGAAUGUGCUCAAAACGAAGUUUUUUCGCUUGGAGAGGGAGGCAUUUUGCCACAAUUUUGAUGCUUUCCGGAUGCAAAAUGGUACGUUUUUUGCCACUGGAUCAGGUCCCCCACUGUAGUUCAAAAUCUUACAAAUGGAAAGCUAAAUUUUUUCGCUUGAUGUACGGUCUAUUUGAAGUAUACGUGCAAAAUUAAGAGUAAAAUCUAUGGCGCAAAAUUUCUGGAUUUUGCACUUUAGGCAACAAACAAAUUUUUUGUAGUAAAAGGCACGUGCGUUUUACUUUUUCCGGUUUUCUUGUCUAUGGGCCCUCUAGAGAAGAUUUGAGUGCUUUCUGUCUCGAAAACAGCCAAAAUUCGCAAGUCUUGUGUGAGAUAAUAGACAAAUUUCACCCACGUGACUUAUCUUGCAUCCUGGUUACUAAUGAGAUUUUCUACUUGUAUGCUGUACAAAAUCUAUUUUCAGCGUUUUUCAAGGAACAAGACGUAUUUUUAUUUGUUUUAUUUCAGAUGCUGUUGCUUAACCUUCGUCAAGGAACAGCAGGGAUUCAAUUACCUCAAGAAGUAUCACAUUGACAGCCUGCCAACCCUAAUCGUUGUCAAACCGGAUGGCACGGCGGUCAAUAAAAAUGGAGUCGAUGACGUUUAUGUAAGCCUGGAAAUUUUGCCAAUUUUUGCCACAAAAAUUUUCAAAAAAAAUUUUUUUCGGCAUUUUUCUGACUUUUUCCGAGUAAAAGAGUUUUCCAAUACGUAAAAUUAAAAUUUCAGAACAAAGACCCGGACGAUGUUGUGGCGGAAUGGAAACGUCAGGUUUACCAAUAA